AUGACGGGUUCGUCGAUAGCGUUGGACACGCCGACUAAAAGCGUGGAAGCGACCGAGAGAUGUCGGUACGAUCUUUCGGAAGCCAGCUACCGAAACCUGCUUCGGUUAGAAGAGAGGUUUCCAAGCCGGUCGCGUGCAGACGAGCGUCCAUCGACGUCCGACGAUCGAGGAGAUUCCGGCGCCGCCAACGAGCUCUUCGAUGCUUUGGAACGGUACGACGACGGAGAAGAAGAGAAUGCCUUCGUCACGCCACCGACGACUACGGAGGAGUUGGAGAUCGCGCCGUUACCCGCGGAGCGUGCACCGCAGCAACUGGAGCAACAGUAUGCGGAAUCCGUGUUGGAUUCCGAAGCCCUCGGCGACCUUCCCGUGAUCACUGAACCUGAGGAAACGACGGGAACUGGAAGGAGAGUAAGCGACCGCGAAGGCCCUCCAUCCAAUCUCCCGUACGACUUCAAUUCGCAGGACUAUCGCGACAUGGAAGAAAUAAUCGAAAGAGAAGCUGCCAACGAGGACGACGACGCCGGCGACGACGGCGGGGCAGCGACGCCGACGGGAGAUCUUCCACCUUACGCGGACGAGGAAAGUUCGCUAUUGACGCCAAACGUGAGGUGGGUGGACGCCGACUGGAAGCAGUACACUUCUGGAUUCCUUCGGGAAAACGAAAACGACGAUCUGGAGUGGGAUCCGUCUCAAGACGGUCGACGAUUUCCAGACGAACCGGAGACGCACGCGAGACCCACGUCGUCGUCUUCGACGCCGGCGACUCCCAAGUCCGUCGCGCUGGAAGAUCUCGAUGCGCAACGUCGAGAAUCGGCGAAGGAGAACGAACGUACGUUGGAACUGGGCAACCAGAAGCUGAACGAGGUGCAAGACAAACUUGCGGAAAAGGAACGAGAACUCACCGAAGCCAGAGUCGUCAUACAGAAAUUAAAAGACGAAAUACACGAGGCGAAGAUGUCCGCGUUGAGAGAAUCGUCCGACGUUCGCAGCAUCGCGGAGGAAGAUGUCGAACGUCUCAAGACCGAACUCGCUUCCAAGACGGAUGCACUGAAGGAAAGGGAUCUGGACGUGGUUCGCUUGGAAUCGGAUCUGAAAGCCGCGAGGAGAAAGUCGAAGCAGCCACCACCUGAAGAGAGCGGACUCGAGCUGCAGCAAAAGCUGCAGGAAGCCGUCCGCAAACUGAAAGACCGAGAGAGAUCGCACGCCGACUUGGAAGAGGAGUUGGAAGAGAAAGACGACAAAAUCAGCGCGCUGAAAAAAGAGUCGACGCUCGCCAAGACCGCGAUGUCCAUGUACGAAAAGCGGGUGGACGUCUUGGAAAAAAACCUGAAAACGGCUUGCAAGCGAUACGACGAGGAAGUGAAAAGCAGACGGAUUGUGGAGGCGGCCGCGAAAAAGGCAGACGAGCACGCGCAAUCCAUGGCCGACAAGAUCGUCGAAUUGCAGCGAGAACUGUUAAGACGGCAACCCGAAGAGUCGUU